UAGAGCCACCUCCCUCAAAUUACGUUGCUCUCCAUGACCCAUCCUGAGUCUCACAGUUCAAGCUAAUCAUUGACAGAGCUUUACAAUCACAAGCUUUUACUGAAGCGUUGAUAAGACAGUCAAGCAGUUAGUGGCAAAUGAAGCCAGUCUGUGCAGCAGGAUCUCCAGGGAAUGAAUGGAUUUUCUUCAGUACGAAGAAAGAAACAUGCUAUAGGAAAACAAUGUCCAACGCAGGACUGCAAAGAUCUGUCAUCCUGUCAGCAUUUAUUCUCCUAGGAGCUGUUACUGGAUUCUCCGGAGACGGAAGCGCUAUAUGGUCUAAAAAUCCUAAUUAUAGUCCGGUAAAUGAAAGUCAGCUGUUUCUCUAUGACACUUUUCCUAAAAACUUUUCCUGGGGCGUUGGGACUGGAGCAUUUCAAGUGGAAGGGAAUUGGAAGACCGAUGGAAAAGGUCCUUCUAUAUGGGACCAUUUCGUCCAUACACACCUUAAAAAUGUCAACAGCAAUAGUUCCAGUGACAGUUACAUUUUUCUGGAAGAAGACUUGUCGGCUUUGGAUUUUAUAGGAGUUUCUUUUUAUCAAUUUUCAAUUUCCUGGCCAAGGCUCUUCCCUGACGGAAUAGUAGCAGUUGCCAAUGCAAAGGGUCUGCAGUACUAUAAUACUCUUCUGGACGCUCUAGUACUUAGACACAUUGAACCUAUAGUUACUUUAUACCACUGGGAUUUGCCUUUGGCACUGCAAGAAAAAUAUGGGGGGUGGAAAAAUGAAACCAUAAUAGAUAUCUUCAAUGACUAUGCCACAUACUGUUUCCAGACAUUUGGGGACCGUGUCAAAUACUGGAUUACAAUUCACAACCCAUAUCUAGUUGCUUGGCAUGGCUAUGGGACAGGUAUACAUGCCCCUGGAGAGAAAGACAAUUUAGCAGCUGUCUACUCUGUGGGACACAACCUGAUCAAGGCUCAUUCGAAAGUUUGGCAUAACUACAAUAUAAAUUUCCGCCCACAUCAGAAGGGCUGGUUAUCGAUCACGUUGGGAUCCCACUGGAUUGAACCAAACAGAUCGGAAAACAUGACAGAUAUACUUAAAUGCCAACAGUCCGUGGUUUCUGUGCUCGGCUGGUUUGCCAACCCUAUCCAUGGGAAUGGCGACUAUCCAGAGAUGAUGAAAAAGGAGUUGCUCGCCACUCUGCCCCUUUUCUCUGAAGCAGAGAAAGAUGAGGUGAGGGGCACAGCUGACUUCUUUGCCUUUUCCUUUGGACCCAACAACUUCAAGCCCCAGAACACCAUGGAUAAAAUGGGACAAAAUGUGUCACUCAAUUUAAGAGAAGUGCUGAACUGGAUUAAACUGGAAUAUGGUAACCCCCGAAUAUUGAUUACUGAGAAUGGCUGGUUCACGGACAGUCAUGUAACAACAGAAGACACCACAACGAUCUACAUGAUGAAGAAUUUCCUCAACCAGGUUCUGCAAGCAAUACAGUUUGAUGAAAUACAAGUGUUUGGUUACACUGCCUGGUCUCUCCUGGACGGCUUUGAAUGGCAGAACGCUUACACCAUUCGUCGAGGAUUAUUUUAUGUGGAUUUUAAUAGUAAACAAAAAGAAAGAAAGCCCAAGUCUUCAGCACAUUACUAUAAACAGAUCAUACAAGAAAACGGUUUUACUUUAAAAGAAUCCACACCAGAUGUGCACGGUCAGUUUCCCUGCAACUUCUCCUGGGGUGUCACUGAGUCUGUCCUGAUGCCUGAAUUGGAGGCUUCCUCCUCACCGUUCAUCGAUCCUCACCUGUAUGUGUGGAAUGUGACAGGCAACAGACUGUUGCACCAAGUGGAAGGAGUGAAGCUGAAAACACGGCCAGGUCACUGCACGGAUUUUGUCAGUAUCAGAAGACAACUUGAGAUGUUAGCAAAAAUGAAUGUCACCCACUACCGGUUUGCUCUGGACUGGCCCUCAAUCCUUCCCCAUGGCAACCUGUCCACAGUUAACCGACAAGCUCUGAAGUACUACAGGUGUGUGGUCAGUGAAGGACUGAAGCUCAACAUCUCCACAAUGGUUACACUGUACUACCCGACCCACGCCCACCUAGGCCUCCCCACACCGCUGCUGCAGAGUGGAGGAUGGAUGAACCCAUCAAUGGCCCAGGCCUUCCAGGACUACGCCGGGCUGUGCUUCCAAGAGCUGGGGGACCUGGUGAAGCUCUGGAUCACCAUCAACGAGCCCAAUAGGCUGAGUGACAUCUACAAACGCGCUAAUAAUGACACCUACAGGGUAGCCCACAACCUGCUGAUGGCCCACGCCCUAGCCUGGCACCUAUAUGACCAGCAGUACAGGCCAGCGCAGCGCGGGGCAGUGUCGCUGUCUCUGCACUCGGACUGGGCGGAACCCGCCAACCCUUAUGCAGACUCGCACAGGCAGGCGGCCGAGCGCUUCCUACAGUUUGAAAUCGCCUGGUUUACAGAACCCCUCAAGACCGGAGACUACCCGUUGGCCAUGCGGGAGUACAUAGCCCUCAAGAACAAGCAAGGGCUAUCACGCUCCACGUUGCCUCAGUUCACCAAGGAGGAGAGCAGGCUGGUCAAGGGCGCUGCCGACUUCUACGCCCUGAACCACUUCACCACCAGGUUCGUGAUGCAAGCGCACCAGAACGGCAGCCGCUACGACGCGGACAGGGACGUCCAGUUUCUGCAGGACAUUACCUGCCUGAGCUCCCCCACCCGCAUGGCUGUCCUGCCCUGGGGGGUGCGGAAGGUGCUGAGCUGGAUCCAGAGAAACUGUGGAGACAUGGAUGUUUACAUCACAGCCAAUGGCGUCGACGACCAGUCUCUGGAAAAUGAUGAACUCCGAAAGUACUACUUAGAGAAAUACAUUCAGGAGACCUUGAAAGCAUACCUGUUGGAUAAAGUCAAAAUCAAAGGCUAUUAUGCAUUCAAACUGACUGAAGAAAAAUCUAAGCCCAGAUAUGGAUUCUUCACAUCUGAUUUCAAAGCAAAGCCCUCAAUUCAGUUGUAUAACAAACUCAUCAGCAACAGUGGCUUCCCCUCUGAGGACAGUAAUCACAGAUGCAGCCAGACGCAAAGAAACACAGAGUGCACUAUCUGCUUACUUCUUGUGCAUAAGAAAGCAUUGAUAUUCUUUGGUUGUUGCUUCUUCUCCACCCUGGUUCUACUUUUAUCGAUUACCAUUUUUCAUAAGCGAAAGAGAAGAAAAUUUUGGAAAGCAAAGGAGAACGUACAACAUAUACCAUUAGAGAUUACUCACAAGGAAGUUAACUAAACUGGUCCUGUUUCUGUUUGCGUAACAGAAAGUUUAAAAAUUCACUCCAGUUCCAUAUACCAGUAACUGAAAGCUAUACCUAUACUGUAGAAAGACAAUGUAUUUGUGGUAGCCAAAGUGAUGACAAUGUCUCUGCUGUGUGGUUCAAAUGAAUUUUCCCUUAGGCAUUUACUGUUGAUGACAGUGAAUUCAAUUCUUGGCUAUGAAGAUAAAGGUUUCUAGGCAGUAAACUAUGAGGAUUAUGAUACAUUGCUUCAUGAUGUUUGAUGAGCUGUUUUCCAUCAUUCCUUUCUAGCUAUCUUUUAUAAAUACCAGUAGCUACUUAUCAUAAAUUUUUGAAAAAGUGCAACUUUUUGUUAUACUUCAUACGAGACUUAAAAUUCUUAACACUGGAUAGUCAGUGCUAUAUUCUGUCACUUCUAACAAGGUGCUUUCCCCUUUAGGACUGAGUGAUUCUCAAGUGGAAAGGAAAAAAUAACAAUAGAAUAGUGUUUAUCUAUUGCCAGUUACAGCACACUCUUAAGCAAAUCAAUCCCUUAAGUUUUUCUGAAUAGAAAUAAAAAUUAUCAAGCAUGUAUAAAACAUCUAAUUUUGUCACGUCUCUUUUAUCAGAUCUGACUUUUUAAAAAUAAUAUAUUAACUCCCAAAACUCACCUCAUGGAAAGAGUACUGAUUAAGGAGAGCUAGACCCAAAUGCCUGUGAAGAUAGGGUUGUCACUCAACCUCACGGUACAGCAACUUUCUCUUCAAAUUGACAUCAUUCUUCCUCACUUGAUUUUGAGGUGACAAAACCAGAUCUAGCAUAUCCAGCAAAGCUCAACAUUGUUUCAAAAAUGUGGUUUUAUCAUCAGACAAAAGACCAUAUUGUUCCAUAAAACUUGCCCUCUCUCUAGGAGCUUCACUGUUCUGACACCAUAUGCAUAGAUGGACCGACCUCUCAAGGCGUAGAAUGCAGCCAUAUCUGGACCUAGCAAAUGUGACUCUAGAUCAAUUCAGAAUGUUACUGGUCUAACUUUUUUACAUUGGACCUUUUGAAGCUGGGAUAAAGUAAAUCCUUAAAUCUGUAUUUGAAGUUUGACUUUCUUGUUCAGUGAACCGUUGUCAGAAAUCCUGAAAUGUAAACCCAUUUAUACUGAUUGUUUCUUUAGGUUAAUCCACCUAAAUAACCCAUUACACACAGUAGCUAGUCACUUUCCACCCUCUGCAGGAAUUUAGACUUUCUUAAAAGUCAAAGAAAGCUCUUCGGUUCAAAAAGCCUUGGUAGAAAACUGCCCUAAAUGAAGGCAGUUGUGAUUUCUUUUUCAGGUCCAUCUAUUAUGUCAGAAGGCCAAUUUCAUAGAUAUAACAGACUCUAAGUGAUAAUGAAUAGCAAUGUUUCAAAGAUACUGUAGAGAUAACACAAUUGGUCAAUUCAAGUAAAUGCAAAAGGGAUGAGAAAUCAAUUUGCUACUUGGCUGGCAAAAUACUAAAAUUUUGCUUGUUUUUCUAUUCUCCUUGCCCCAUUGUAACCACUCCUCCAACCAUAGCAGUUUUUAGGUUAGCCUUUGCAAAGAAAUUUUUGGUAUUUUGAGAACCAAGUGGGCCUGAGGCUAUACAGUUACAAUAACUGGUUAACUGUUUUUAAUAUACACGGUCUGACAAUUAAGUUUGAGAGUUUGUUGCAAGGAUGUUGCUAAUCUUUUUUGAUAUCAGAG